CUUUCUUUCUGCACCCCCAGCCUCUUCGAACCCCCCCCCUUUCCAGCGCUUAUUAUUUUUAUUCUUGUUAUGCCUGCUGCAGCCCGCCGCCGCACACCCCGAGAGGUAAGAGGUCAAAGAAGAGAAGGCUGGCAGUGAAUCUCACUGGUUUAACUUCGACCACUCCUACUCCUGCUUUUCCGACUACUACAACUACUGCUACGUAUAAUCUUCAAUCUCAUCGUGCCUGCUACUUCCCUAAUUCUUCCUCCAAAAUCCCUCUCCCUUUUCCUCCCCUCUCCCCAAGGGGAAAUCCCAACCCGGCAAGAAAAAACCCCCCCCCCGUCUCCACUUUUUCCCAUUCCCUCCGCGAUAAGCCGUAUACUUCCGUGGCUCUUCUCCCCCGGGUUGCGCAACAAUGCCACUUCGCGACAAGCUCCAACGUCAUAAGGAAUCCCUCAGCGCCAACACGAACACCAACACAUCCACCUCUACCAACCAGUAUGGGUCCACCACAGCUGGAGGAGGGAUGAUGGCACCCACCACGCCCGUGAACAGCAGCAAUCCCACCGUCCCGCAAUUCACCUUCAUCCGCACCGACACCACCACCCAAGAAGUGAUCCGCCCGCCCGUCUUCGAGGGUGAUGCCCCGGACCCCUCUGCACCAACCACAACCACCACAACAGAACAACAACUUGCGGCUGCUUCCCCGCCGUCCUCCCACCAUCGCAAAUCCCUCAACCCCUUCCGUCGGUCGCGAGCUCCCUCACAAUCCUCAGGCGUGACGUCCCCGCCGCGAGCCCGGGGCGAAGGCCGGCUGUCGCAUCUGCUGCAUCUCGACCGCGGCGGUGGUAGCGGCGGCGGUGGCGGUGGCGGGUGGUCGCGGAGUUCGAGCUCCUCGUCCGUGAACGUCCCGCCGGAUCUCCCGCGGAUAAUCACUAGUGGUGGGAAGGGGGAUGGCGAUGCUGCGGCGGCGGCGGGCGAGGAUGUGGAGGCCGAGUGGGAGCGGCGGGCGACGGUGCUGGUGCAACGGAACCCGCAGUUCGCGGCGUGUUUGUCGCCGACCGGUUCCACCACGCCCACGGGGUUUGGGAUGGACGGGGCGGUGGCGUCGCGGUCACGGAGUUCGAGUUGCAGUCGGAUUAAUGAUCCGGAUGGCGAUGUAAGUUUUUUGCCGGUCUGGGUGGGAGGAUAAUAAGGGGUUGUGUGGCUGAUGCGGGACGCGGGGUGCGAAUAGGUUAAUAUCCAGGAGGCUAUUCGACUGCAUGAGGCUGGAGGUAUGUGUUCGUCCUUUGCGGAGUUUCUUUAGAACUGUGCGGUCAUCGCUAACACUGUGUGCAUGAUGGUAGAUCUGGAACGAUCCACCGAGAUGUUUGGUCGCUUAGCCGAUCCUGAAGGGGCCAACAAUGCUCUCAGUCAAGUGCUCUAUGGGCUUGCACUUCGGUAAGACCUGACUACGGUUUUCGUUGGCUCAGUGAGGUC